CUUCCCUCUGCUCGUCCAGCAUCAGUGCUCACAGUAGCCCGGGUUGGAGUUCUGUGGACGAUAAGCAAGAUCACUAUGAAGUUUCUGGCAGCUAUCUGUGUACUCGCCGUCGGCGUCAGCGCACAGGUUGGGCCUUCGGGGAUCGUCAGUCCCGACGGGGUGAACACCCAGUUCUCCCACGACUUCGCCAACGACGUCGUGCUGGUUGGACCCGCUGGCAUCGUCACAAAGUCUGGCGCCAACCGCCAGCUGACCCACGGAGAGGCCACCCUUCACGUUGCCACAGCACCUGCUCCCCUCCCCGUGGCUCAGCUGGUGUCCCAGCGUGGCGUGGUUGGCCACUCUGGCAUCGUUCGCCCUGAUGGCAACAACGUCCAGUUCACACACGAGCAGGCUAACAACAUCGUGCUGGUUGGCCCAUCAGGCAUCGUCACCAAGGACGGCUCCAACAUCCAGCUGACCGACGACCUCCACUUCGUCCAGAAGCGUGACACCUAUGGCCAUCUGGUGGGAGCCUCAGGAAUCGUCACCAGUGACGGCCAGCUGAUCCAGUUCGAAGCUGGCGUGACUGUCGCCGCCGCUGGACCCUCUGGCGUCGUUCUGUCCAACGGAAAGAACAUCCAGCUCACCCUAUAAAUUAUGAUUUCAAUCCUAGUCUCUACAAAACCUUGAGGCCAUCCCAUCUUAAUCUGAUGGAGAUGACACAUAAACACCAAAUAAAGAUUCCAAAAAGAUUA